AUGCCCGACUCGUACAACAGUUCCUCGUACUACUACAGCUCAGCGACGAGCACGACAAACGGCACCGAAACCUCCGGCCACCGGUAUACGACCAGCUCGCACACCGACCAGUCCGGCAACACGAUCGUGCGCACCGCACACCAGGACCUGGGCGCGCCCGCCGCGAUCGAGGAGCGCCAUUACGACCGAACGGGUCAGGAGCUGCUGCCUUCAUCUAGCGACCAAGACUGGGGAGCCGGGCGACGACGGAGGAUUGCGGAUAUAACGGAUGACGAGGAUUAUAACUAUGGUGUGACUUCGUUGGGGGCGGCGUCGGUUGAUUCCUCGAGUCAGGAUUAUUCGUGGGAGAGCAAUGUGCCGGGCACCAGUUCGCCCGCGGAUGAUCCCAGUGGUAAUGCUAUAGGCCGGUAUCGUUCUUCUGUAGAUGAGGGAGCUGUGGAUCCGGUGACGGGGAAUAGGUAUAGCCAGAGGGAUUUGGAUUGA